ACAGUCGAACUUGGUCUGUACUCAGUUAUGGAGAAGUAUUUCAAAAGAAAAUUGCCACCCAAUUUUGAGGAAAAUGGCGAUGUUUCUAGACAAAAGAAUCUUCAAAUUGUUUUGCCGGAGCUUUCUGUAGAUCCUGGUCUACAAAAAAAGCUUCAAAUUGGUUUCCCGGAGCUUCCUAUAGAUCCUGGUCUACGGCCUCGAAUUUCAGAUUAUAGUUGUAAUAUUCGGGAUGAAGUUAGGAAAGCAUAUUUGCUGAGGGGUCCUUGCCAGCCUAGAGGCCAUGAUUUUCCAUUCAAGAAGUUUGGGCAAGUGUCACGACGGUUUGUCCCUGCUUGGUUUGAUGAAUAUCCUAAUUGGUUAGAAUACAGUGUAGCAAAAGACGCUGCAUUUUGUCUUUGUUGCUAUCUCUUCAGGCCACAAGUUGGUGAACAAGGUGGUGGUGAUUGUUUCAUUGGUAGAGGGUUUUCAAAUUGGAAGAAGAAAGAAAGAUUUAAAACUCACGUUGGAGGUCCCAACAGUGCACAUAAUGUAGCUUGGGGUAAUUGUGAAGCACUGAUGAAGCAAAACAAACAUAUCCUGACAUGUUUCUCCAAACCAAGCUUGAAUGCUUUAAUCGAUUGUCUUCGAUUUAUAUUAAGGCAAGGGCUUGCAUUUUAUGAUAAUGAUGGAUAUGAAGAUUUAAGCAAUCAAGGCAAUUUUGUUGAACUUCUAAGAUUUCUUGCUAAUUAUAAUGAGGAUAUUAAAGUUAUUGCUUUAAAGAAUACUCCUGAAAGUCUUAAAUUGAGAUCACCUGAAAUUCAAAAAGACAUUGUGAGUGCAGCUUCGAUUGAAACCAUAAAUGUUAUUGUUCAAGACAUUGGUGAUUCACUAUUCUCUAUUCUAAUUGAUGAGGCUCUUGAUGCAUCAAUGGAAAAGCACAUGGUUGUCAUAUUUCGUCAUGUAGACAAGAAGGGACAAGUUAUUGAGCGUUUUGUAGGCCUUGAACAUGUUACGAGUACAUGUUCAUCACUUAAGAUAGUAAUUGAUAAGCUAUUCUCUAGGCUCGGAUUGAGUUUGUCUAGGUUGCGUGGACAAGGUUAUAAUGGGACCAGUAAUAUGAUGGGCAAGUUCAACUUGCUUAAAUCACUCAUUUUGAAAGAGAAUGAAUGUGCUUAUUCUAUUCACUGUUUUGCUCAUCAACUUCAUUUGUCUAUUGUGGCGUUGGCAAAGAAUCAUAUUGAAGUUCAAUCUCUCUUUCAUGUGGUAGCUAAUGUGGUGAAUAUUGUUGGAGCCUUGCGGAAAAACUUCGAUCUUCCUCAUGAGAAACUAGCUCUUAUAGUAGUUGAGGAGUUCAAUAGUGACAAGCUUUCAAGUGGAAAUUGCCUAAAUCAAGAAACUACUUUAGAGCGAUUUAGAGACACGUCUUGGGGUUCAUAUUAUGAUACUUUGAUGUACAUAAUCACAAUGUUCUCAUCCAUAAUUGAUACAGUUGAGUUGAUUGCAGAUGAUGGAUCAAUCUCUGAGCAAAAAUGUGAAGCAAAUAAUUUGUUAGAGAUGAUGCAAUCAUUUAAUUUUGUUUUUAGUCUACAUUUGAUGAAAGAUAUAUUGGGACUUACAAGUGAGUUAUCACAAGUAUUGCAAAGGGGAGAUCAAGAUAUUGUGAAUGCUAUGAAGUUGGUUGGUUUAUGUAAGCAACGACUACAAAUGAUGAGGGAAGGUGGGUGGGAUUCUUUUCUCUGUCAAGUUUCUUCUUUUUGUGUCAAACAUAACAUUGAUGUGCCCUACAUGGAUGAUAUGUUUCUACCUUUGGGGCAGCCACGACGUAAAGCUCAAGAGAUCACAAAUUUGCAUCAUUACCGUGUUGAGCUAUAUUAUGCCAUUUUAGAUAUGCAACUUCAAGAGUUGAAUAGUAGUUUCAACGAGGUCAACAUUGAGUUGCUUCUUUGUUUUGCAUGUCUAUGUCCAAAUGAUUCAUUUGCUGCUUUUGAUAAGCAAAAAUUGAUACGGCUUGCUGAAUUCUAUCCAAAAGACUUUUCUGCAACGAAACUCAUGGCACUUGAGAUUCAACUUGAGGUUUACAUUAUGGAUAUGCGCUCUAGUAUUGAGUUCUUGGAGUUAGAAGGGAUUGGUGAUCUUGCAAAAAAGUUGGUUGAGACUAAAAAACACAACGUUUAUACAUUAGUUUAUUCUCUGAUUUCAUUAGCAUUGAUUUUACCAGUUGUCACUGCCACCGUAAAGAGAGCAUUUUCAACUACAAACUUUGUGAAGACUCAAUUGCGAAAUCGGACGAUGGACCAAUGGAUGAAUGAUAAUUUAGUUGUAUAUAUAGAAAAUAAUGUAUUUAAAAGCAUUGAAAAUGAGGCUAUCAUACAGCGCAUUGAGAGCAUGAAAAUGCGUUGAGGAUGGUUGUAAAUAUGAUAAAUUUAAUUACUA